UAUAUUAACGAGUAACGUGUGAUGACGCAAUGACGUACGUACGCCAGCCGGGGUCAAACGCGCGUUUUUUUAAAAUGGAGAAACGUGGCGCUCAGUGGUUCAGCGAAAAGAAAACAAAAGAAAGAGAAAAAGAAGUCAAAGAUGCUGCUUUGGUGCAGAUAAUACCAUCCACCUCAACCUUUUUUCACCAGAAAACCGAGGCAAGAUGAUGGUACUGAAAACAGCGGAGCCAGGACGACACGUCACCGCUAACGCUGCUAGCUCAAGUUCACCGGAGACGUUUGGUCGUGGUGACUUUUCAUCGAAGAAGGCCAGAAAAAGAUGAUGCAGAUGGAAUGAACCAGGAGGGGCAUGAACGGCAAGAAAGAAAUGACUGAACAGGAGCCAAGAGGUGUGGCUUACAGGAAGCAAUGAAUGGUGCCAGACAGCUAUGCAGAGACUGUUGACUGUGAAAAAUCAAACUUGAUGACACAAACUUCAGCCUGUAAUGCUUUUCCACAAAAGAAGGAUUUUCUACGAAUGCAGUGCUUGAACAACCCCAGUUCUGCUAGACUGAUAUCCUAAGGCAGGCGCAGCUCCUGGUUCUUCGUCGGGUGGUUCGUGCGUAAAUUUACAACUGGAAAGUUGAAAGUGUGAUGGUAGCAGCAAUGUCACAGCUCUACUACAAGAAAGCGGAGAACUCCUCAUACAGGGAUCGCAUCCCUCUGCGAAUUGUGCGAGCCGAAUCUGAGCUUUCACCCAUGGAGAGGGCCUACCUGGGGGCUGUUGAGAAGGGGGACUAUGCCAGUGUGAAACAAGCCCUGGAGGAGGCUGAGAUCUACUUCAGGAUCAACAUCAACUGCAUCGACCCCCUGGGGCGCACAGCCCUGCUCAUUGCCAUUGAAAAUGAGAACCUGGAGAUCAUUGAGCUUCUCCUCAGUUAUAAUGUAUAUGUGGGUGAUGCCCUACUACAUGCCAUCCGCAAAGAAGUGGUGGGGGCUGUGGAGCUGCUGCUCAACCACAAGAAGCCACGCGGGGAAAAACAGGUUCCACCAAUUCUGCUGGACAAACAGUUUUCAGACUUCACCCCAGACAUCACUCCAAUUAUCCUUGCAGCCCACACCAACAACUAUGAGAUCAUCAAACUGCUUUUGCAGCGAGGUGUUUCCAUACCUCAGCCACACGCUGUGCGUUGCAAUUGUGUGGAGUGUGUGUCCAGUUCAGAUGUCGACGGCCUGCGUCACUCACGCUCUCGUAUCAACAUCUACAAGGCCCUUGCCAGCCCGUCGCUCAUCGCCCUCUCCAGCGAGGAUCCUUUCCUCACAGCUUUUCAGCUCAGCUGGGAGCUGAAGGAGCUCAGCACAGUGGAGAAUGAGUUCAAGGCAGAGUAUGAGGAGUUGUCCCAUGUGUGUAAACAAUUUGCAAAGGACCUCUUGGACCAGACCAGAAGCUCCAGAGAGUUGGAAAUAAUCCUCAACUACCGUGAUGACAUCAACCCUCUGCUGGAUGAGAAUGCUAAUGAUCUAGCUCGACUGAAGCUGGCUAUCAAAUACUGCCAGAAAGAGUUUGUUGCUCAGCCAAACUGUCAGCAGCUGCUGGCGUCUCGGUGGUAUGAUGAGUUCCCAGGCUGGAGAAGGCGUCACUGGGCAGGAAAGCUCAUCACAUGUAUCUUCAUUGGCCUCCUCUUCCCACUGUUAUCCAUCUUCUACCUGAUCUCUCCAAAGAGCCGCUAUGGCUUAUUCAUCCGUAAGCCCUUCAUCAAGUUCAUCUGUCACACUGCUUCCUACCUGACCUUCCUCUUUCUGCUCCUCUUGGCCUCGCAGCAUAUAGCUGCUGCAAAACCGGACCUUCAGGGCCCGCCACCCACUACCGUGGAAUGGAUGAUCCUGCCAUGGGUGCUUGGCUUUAUCUGGACUGAGAUCAAACAGAUGUGGGAUAGUGGUUUCCAAGACUACAUAGAUGACUGGUGGAACUUAAUGGACUUUAUAAUGAACUCCCUGUAUCUUGCAACCAUUUCACUGAAGAUUGUUGCCUAUGCAAAGUACAGUCAGGACAAACUCAGAUGUAACUGGGAAAUGUGGCACCCGACUUUAGUGGCAGAGGCAUUGUUCGCCAUCGCCAACAUCUUCAGCUCCCUGCGCCUCAUCUGCCUUUUCACUGCCAACUCCCAUCUAGGCCCCUUACAGAUCUCACUGGGUCGCAUGCUUCUGGACAUCCUCAAGUUCCUCUUCAUCUACUGCUUAGUGUUGUUAGCCUUUGCCAAUGGCCUCAACCAGCUCUACUUUUAUUAUGAAACGAAGGAUGGCAAUACUUGCACGGGUAUUCGCUGCAGCCACCAAAACAACGCCUUCUCAACGAUGUUCGAGACACUGCAAUCAUUAUUUUGGUCUGUAUUUGGCCUGAUUUCGCUCUAUGUGACCAAUGUGGAACCAAAUCAUGAAUUCACAGAGUUUGUGGGCAGUACCAUGUUUGGCACGUACAAUGUAAUCUCCCUAGUAGUCCUUCUUAACAUGCUAAUUGCAAUGAUGAACAACUCCUACCAGCACAUUGCUGAUCAUGCAGAUAUAGAGUGGAAAUUUGCAAGAACAAAAUUAUGGAUGAGCUAUUUUGAAGAAGGCGGGACUUUGCCAUCUCCAUUCAACAUAAUACCCAGUCCAAAGACUAUUUAUUAUCUAUUUGGAUGGAUAAAGACGCAACUGUUUAAAUCAAACAGAAAAAGGCUUGAAAACUUUGAAACUUUGGGGAGACGUGCAGCUGAUAAUGAGGUUUUGAGGAACCUCAUGAAGCGGUAUGUGGCUGCAAUGAUCAGGGAUGCCAAGACAGAGGAAGGUUUGACAGAGGAAAAUUUUAAGGAGCUUAAACAGGAUAUCUCCAGCUUCCGCUAUGAAGUCCUGGGAAUGAUGAGGGCCAAACCUCAUGGUGGGGUCACAAGUCAGGUCGCAAGUUCCACCAUGGCUUACCCGGGAAACCCAUUCAAAUAUUCACCAAAAUUCCCCGCUGAGCAGCCGCAACACAAGCUGAGUGUGUUAGAUGUGAGUGGAUCUGCUAAUGCCACCAGCACCAAUAGGCAAGCCAGUGGUUCACUUGUUCAAAACCAAGAACUUCAGACAAAGAAUGUGAUCGUGGAAGUCUUUCAGAAAGUGGAGGAGGACAUUCAGGAGAUUGAACAUUCUUGCAUAGAGCAGGACAAGGAAGUGACAAAUGGGCCAAAAAAAUAUAAAAAUUAAUCCAUGUCAGCAAGUGAGAGAUGAAAAUCAUGUUAACGUUUUAAAACGCUUGGGGAUUUAUUUUCAUGCAUUUAUCUUCCAGUGAAAUAGUUUAUCAAAACUAACUCAUGUAUUGUAUUUAAUAAUAUCCAGUUUGUAAUGUAUAUAAUGGCAUAUAAUGUUAUUUUAUGUUCUCUCACAUUAUAUUAUAUGCAUUCAUUUCUGACUGAAGGAAGAAAAACAACAAUACUGGGUGUGGAUUUGACCUCAGUGAAUGCUGACUUGAUGCUCAGGGAAUCGUGAAGCAAGUUAGUCAUUCGUGUUUUACCUUGAGCAUUUAAUUCCAAAGAGCCCUGACACCCUGCUGAUUAUACUCUCCUCUUCCACCUUGAACUGUCCUCGUACUGUGUUAUGCAAAGGUAUCUUAAAUCUCUACAUCUGUAGAAAAGUAUUAAUCAUUAUAUGCUGACAGUAUCUAGAUCUUUCCGAGUAAACAUUAGUUUAUUUUAAUGUAAUACCUGAGCAUUUUAUAUUGAAUUUCCAGUCGAUUUUGUUUUACCCUGCCAUUACCACUGAAACCUGUUUUCUUCCUAAUUCUCUUCUUGGAGUCAGAAGAAGUAUGCAAUGCAAUCUAGUUGAGAUUUGUUGCAGGAUUUUUUUCCUCAUAACGUGCACAAUCUACUAUACUUGCAGACAUAAGGGCCCUCUUGUGAUCUCUGUGUCACCGUGCAAUUUUGUACCUUGUAAUGCAAUCAAAUUACUCUGCAGUUAA